AUGUUCUCCCCUGCCUGCUACCGUGGCUACAGGUUAGAUCAAAGCCCCCCCCCCCCUUCAGGCACAGAGGAUGAUUUAGAGGUUGACCCAGAUUUUCAGGUGAUAGAGGAUCAUCAGCCAUCAGAGGAUGAUUCAGAGGAGGAAGGCCCUCGGUGUGAUCCAUCAUUCACAUCUAAAAAUGGGGAAAUAAUUUGGAGUUCUUCUCCUCCACUGCAAACUCCAGGAAGAGCCCGGGCAGAGGAGAUCAUCAGGAGGACACCUGGGCCCACAAGGUAUGCGAUUUCAAGAGCUGAAGAUAUCAAGUCAACUUUUGAACUGUAUUUCCCACGCUCUAUUCAGACCAUUCUAGUUACCAUGACAAAUAUGGAGGGGAGACGAGUGUAUGGGGAUCAGUGGAAAGAGAUUGACUGGACUGAAAUGGAAGCGUUCAUGGGUCUUCUAAUUCUUGCUGGUGUUCUAAAAUCAAAUGGCGAAUCAACACGAAGCCUGUGGGAUGGGGAGAUGGGGAGAGCUAUUUUUCGAGCCACCAUGCCUCUCAAAGAUUUCAUAAAAUUGUCAGGUGUAAUUCGCUUUGAUAAAUCCACAAGAUCUCAAAGAAGAGAAACCGACAAGCUGGCACCCAUCCGUGAACUGUGGGAAAAAUGGGUAGAAAGGCUUUCCCUGAUGUAUAAUCCAGACAUGUAUGUGACAGUGGAUGAACGUUUGAUUGGAUUCCGUGGCCGGUGCCAUUUCAAACAAUAUAUGCCGAGCAAACCGGCUAAAUAUGGCCUGAAAAUCUGGGCAGCCUGCGACGCAAAAUCCAGCUACAGCCACAACAUGCAGGUCUACACGGGCAAACCUGCAGGAGCACAACGGGAACAAAACCUGGGCAAACGUGUGGUGCUUGACAUGGUACACGAUCUAAAGGGGCACGUUGUCACGUGUGACAAUUUUUUCACGUCUUAUGCACUUGGUACAGAGCUCCUGCAAAAAAAAAUAAGGAUGCUGGGCACUGUAAGAAAAAACAGAACAGAGCUCCCAAGUGCAUUGGUGACGAUGCAAAACAGGCCACCUCAUUCUUCACUUUUUGGAUGCACUGAGACACACACCAUCGUGUCGUACUCCCCCCAAAAAAAGAAGAAUGUGAUUCUGAUGAGCACCAUGCAUAAGGAUGCAGCAGUGAGUGACCGUGAAGACAGAAAGCCCAUAAUGAUUCUAGAUUACAAUGCCACCAAAGGAGGAGUCGACAAUCUAGAUAAGAUUGUUGCAACAUACACCUGUGCCCGAAAAACAGCUCGCUGGCCCAUGGCUAUCUUUUUUAACAUCCUCAAUGUCUCGGCCUACAACUCCUUUGUUCUCUGGAGGGAGAUUAAUCCAACCUGGGGGCAGCUGAAAAGCUACAGGAGGCGGCUUUUUCUCGAGGAGCUGGGGAAAGCGCUGGUCUACCCAUUCAUGAAAAGGCGUCCACACAUUCCUCGAACACCAGCCUCUGUGAGCUUCCUAAAAUGGGUAAAGGACUCCAGAGAUGAGGAAGCUGGUCCCUCGUCUUCCUCAUCUGCCGGUCCACCUACAGCUGGUCCCUCGUCUUCCUCAUCUGCCGGUCCACCUACAGCUGGUCCCUCGUCUUCCUCAUCUGCCGGUCCAUCUACAGCUGGUCCCUCGUCUUCCUCAUCUGCCGGUCCAUCUACAGCUGGUCCCUCGUCUGCUGGUCCACCAACAGCUGGUCCCUCGUCUGCCUCAUCUGCUGGUCCACCUACAGCUGGUCCCUCGUCUGCCGGCCUUAAAGCCGCCAAGUCUAAAAAGGCAGCUCCUAAAAAGAAAUAA